AUGGCACCACUGCCUGAGGAGAGAGUGACUGUAGCUCAGAGUUUCAGUAGAGUUGGAUGUGACUAUGCUGGACCUUUGUAUGUCAAGGUGUGUAAAGGACCUAAUGCCAAGGCAUACAUACUGAUCUUCACCUGUAUGGUAACCAGAGCAGUUCACCUGGAGCUGACCUCAGACAUGACUGCAGUGGAAUUUCUUCAAGGGCUCAGAAGGAUGAUGAACCGUAGAGGAAAAUGUCGGAUAAUGUACUCGGACAACGCGCAAACCUUCAAAGCCUCUUCCAAAGUGUUGCAUCGCAUGUUUGAUUUGGAAUACAAGCUGGCUGUCAGAGACAAGUUGAAACUUGAGGGCAUUGAUUGGAGGUUCAUUACCCCAAGAGCGCCGUGGAAGGGAGGAUUCUAUGAACGUCUAGUUCAAAGAGCGAAGAGAGCACUGAAGAAGAUCCUGAAGAAGGUGACCUUGACCUUCAAUGAGAUGCAGACAGUGUUGACAUAUGUAGAAGCCCAGAUUAACUCCCGACCACUGUGUGAUGUUUCAGCGGAUAAGCAAGACCCCUUACCACUGACGCCUGGACAUCUGGUCACUGGGAGAAAUCUUCAGCUACUUCCCAGUGUGAGGAAACCUGAGAACACACUUGAACGCAAUUGGGUGCUUCAGCAGAGAAUUCAGAAGAUGUUCUGGAAACGAUGGUACAGUGAAUAUCUGGCUGGACUUCAGAUGAAAAGAAAGUGGAUGGAAGCAAAAGACAAUCUCCAAGUGGAUGAUGUCGUGCUUGUUGCAGAGGACAACUUGAGGAAACUGGAUUGGUGUCGCGGACGAGUAGUCGCUGUACAUCCUGGUCGUGAUGACUUGGUGCGAUCUGUUACUCUCAAGACCAAGAAGGGACUGAUGAGAAGGCCAAUUCAGAAGCUUAGAAUGUUGGAGGCUAGGACUGACCAGUCUGACUCUGAGGAGUCGGUUGACCAUGAUAAUGCCAAGGGUUUUUCUUCAUGA